AUGUAUAGAUGUUUACGACCAGGUAAUAAGGAAGGUCAAGGCGGAAGAGGUGGAAAAAACGGCGGCGGCGGUGGUGGUGGUGGCGGAGGCGGCAAAGGCGGCGGUUCCGGUGGAAAGGGAGGUGACCAUGGUGAGAACGGUGAGAAAGGCAACGAUGCGACCCAAAUAUUUGGAGGCGGUGGAGGAGGCGGCGGAGGUGGUGCAGAUGGAGGCAAGGGCGGAAAAGGAGGACAAGGUGGCUUGUUGGGUCGCGACGGGAAGGAUGGGGAAGACGGUAGUCCCAACGGUGGCGGAAGUGGUGGCGCAGGUGGUGGAGGAUUGUGGGGGAGGAAGCGGAUGUCGUUGAUGAAAAACGGCAGCGGCGAUGGUGGCGGAGGCGGCAAAGGCGGCGGUUCCGUUGUAAAGGGAGGUGACCAUAGUGAGAACGGUGAGAAUGGCAAGGAUGCGACCCAUAUAUUCGGACAUGGCAGAGGAGGCAGCAGAGGUGGUGCAGAUGGAGGCGAGGGCGGAAAGGGAGGAAAAGGUGGCUUGUUAGGUGGUGAGGGAUGGCGGGGGAGGAAGCGGAGGUCGUUGAUAGAAAACGGCGGCGGUGGUGGUGGUGGUUGGGGAGGAGGCGGCAAAGGCGGCGGUUCCGGUGGAAAGGGAGGUGACCAUAAUGAAAACGGUGAGAAUGGCAAGGAUGCGACCCAUUGGUUCGGAGGCGGCGGAGGAGGUGGUGGAGGUGGUGCAAAUGGGGGGAAGGGCGGAAAGGGAGGAAAAGGUGGCUUGUUGGGUCGCGACGGAAAGGAUGGGGAAGACGGUAGUCCCAACGCUGGCGGAAGUGGUGGCGCAGGUGGCGGGGGAUGGUGGGGAAGGAAGCGUAGGUCGUUGAUGAAAAACGGCGGCGGCGGUGGUGGUGGUGGUGGUGGCGGAGGCGGCAAAGGCGGCGGUUCCGGUGGAAAGGGAGGUGACCAUGGUGAGAACGGUGAGAAUGGCAAGGAUGCGACCCAUUGGUUCGGAGGCGGCGGAGGAGGUGGCGGAGGUGGUGCAGAUGGAGGCAAGGGCGGAAAGGGAGGAAAAGGUGGCUUCUUGGGUAGCGACGGAAAGGAUGGGAAAGACGGUAAUCCCAACGGUGGCGGAAGUGGUGGCGCAGGUGGUGGGGGAUGGUGGGGGAGGAAGCGGAGGUCGUUGAUGAAAAAGCUUUAA